AUGCCCCUCAUCCCUGCCGACGAGCCCCCGGGGAGGGAGAGAGGGCCCCUGCCCCGCAGCGCGCGCCCCGACACCCACGCCCGCAGCCCCGCGGGGCCGGGCCGCACGGGUGCGCGCGCGGACACACGCACAGCAGCACACCCGGCACACACGCACGCACAGCAGCACACCCGGCCCGCCGCCCCAGCCCUCCCCCUGGGCGGGGAUCCGCCCGCCCGCCGUCAGCUUAGGUUGAGGCUCCCUGCGUGUGUCUAUAACUUUGUGUGGCUGCCGCGGCCGCCUUGCUCGCCCGAGAAGAGGAGGAAUGUGCACGGCGGCGGCGCGCAGGCUGACAGGCGGCUCCUCGGGCGGGCUGCGGCGGCGGUCCGAGCGUCUCCCCUGGGCGGAGGCUGCGCGCCCCCUCCUCGCCGGAUUGUGUGUCCUCCCGCCGCGCCCCUGAAGGGAAGGAACCGAGGGGCGGCUGGGGGCUCCGGGCAGCCGCGGAAAUGCUCGUCCCGCCGGAACGCUUGGGGGAACCUGUCCUACGCCGACCUCAUCACCCGCGCCAUCGAGAGCUCCCCGGACAAGCGGCUGACCCUGUCUCAGAUCUACGAGUGGAUGGUGCGCUGCGUGCCCUACUUCAAGGAUAAGGGCGACAGCAACAGCUCGGCGGGCUGGAAGAACUCUAUCCGGCAUAACCUGUCACUGCACAGCCGGUUCAUGCGGGUCCAGAAUGAGGGCACUGGCAAGAGUUCCUGGUGGAUCAUCAACCCCGACGGGGGGAAGAGUGGGAAGGCCCCUCGGCGGCGGGCCGUCUCCAUGGACAACAGCAACAAGUAUACCAAGAGCCGCGGCCGCGCGGCCAAGAAGAAGGCGGCCCUGCAGACGGCGCCCGAGUCAGCCGACCUGGACAGCCCCACCCAGCUCUCCAAGUGGCCCGGCAGCCCCACCUCGCGCAGCAGCGACGAGCUCGACGCGUGGACGGACUUCCGCUCCCGCACCAACUCCAACGCCAGCACGGUCAGCGGCCGCCUGUCGCCCAUCCUGGCGGGCACAGAGCUGGAUGGCGGCCAGGACGACGACGCGCCCCUCUCCCCGAUGCUCUACAGCAGCUCGGCCAGCCUCUCGCCCUCCGUCAGCAAGCCGUGCCCCGUGGAGCUGCCCCGGCUGACCGACAUGGCGGGCACCAUGAAUCUGAACGACGGGCUGGCCGACAACCUGAUGGACGAUCUGCUGGACAACAUCACACUCCCGCCGGCCCAGCCGUCGCCCACGGGGGUGCUCCUGCAGCAGAGCUCCAGCUUCCCGUACUCCGCCAAGGGCUCCGGCCUGGGCUCCCCCACCAGCUCCUUCAGCAGCACGGUGUUCGGACCGCCUUCGCUGAACUCCCUCCGCCAGUCUCCCAUGCAGACCAUCCAAGAGAACAAGCCGGCCACCUUCUCUUCCAUGUCACACUAUGGCAACCAGACACUGCAGGACCUGCUCACCUCGGACUCCCUCAGCCACAGCGACGUCAUGAUGACCCAGUCGGACCCCUUGAUGUCGCAGGCCAGCACUGCUGUGUCUGCCCAGAACUCGCGCCGCAGCGUGAUGCUCCGCAGUGACCCGAUGAUGUCCUUUGCGGCCCAGCCCAACCAGGGGAGUUUGGUUAAUCAGAACUUGCUCCACCAGCACCAAACCCAGAGUGCUCUCGGUGGAAGCCGUGCCUUGUCCAAUUCUGUCAGCAACAUGGGCUUGAGUGACUCCGGCAGCCUCGGGUCAGCCAAACACCAGCAGCAGUCUCCCAUCAGCCAGUCUAUGCAAACCCUCUCGGACUCUCUCUCAGGCUCCUCCUCGUACUCCACGAGCUCACACCUGCCCGCCAUGGGCCAGGAGAGGUUCCCCAGCGACUUGGACCUGGACAUGUUCAACGGGAGCUUGGAGUGUGAUGUGGAGUCCAUCAUCCGCAGCGAGCUCAUGGACGCCGACGGGCUGGACUUUAACUUUGACUCCCUCAUCUCCACACAGAACGUUGUUGGUUUGAACGUGGGGAGCUUCACCGGUGCUAAGCAGGCCUCAUCUCAGAGCUGGGUGCCAGGCUGAAGGAUCACCGAGGAAGGGGGAAGUGGGCAAAGCAGACCCGCAAACUGACACAAGACCUACAGAGAAAACCCUUUGCCAAAUCUGCUCUCAGCAAGUGGACAGUGAUACCGUUUACAGCUGAACACCUUUGUGAAUCCCACGCCGUUUUCCUAACCCAGCAGAGACUGUUACUGGCCCCUGACCCAGGGUGAAGCACUUACUCUCAGAACAGAACUCUCUAAAGUACGCACAGCCUCCUUGUACCAGGGGAUGAGACAUACCUGCCAGUGGAGGACAGCACCAGUCGGCACCACCCGCCUCCCCCCAAGCACACUGUGGACCCCUGCGGUGACACUGGGGGGGAGGGGGGCCCUCAUUCCCUCCUGGGAUGUUGGUCUAUGGGGGAGGGGGGUGUUCCACCUGUUGUUUUUGUCUGUGUUUUCUUUCAACUUUUUCUGGGCUUUUCUCACGCAUUCACUUUGCAGUAUUUUUCUGUUGACACGUCAGCCAUCCUUCCCCUGGCAAACCUCAAAACCUAAGGAAAAGGUGGUAGCCAGUUACCGUUCUGGCUGUGGGCAUCCUGAACUUUUGAGCCCUCGGAACUCUAGAUCAGGUAGCCCGUUACAUACACGAGAGAGGUGGGGGCGGUUCGCCCUCCUUUUGUUUGGUAGGAAAUUAUCCUUUUCUUAAAACUGAACAAAGGCACUGUUGUUGGCUCCUGCAUAGCACUCCAGGACUGAACCCUGACUAGAUAGGCAAUGAAGCCUAGCAUCCAACCCAGUGUAUAUCCAGUUCUGAGCAGCGGUGGUCUGUAGGUGAGACCCCUCAGCUCCCACCCACCCCCAGCACCCAGUCUGUGACUACCAGACUGGCAGGGCCUGUGAUCACACCUUCCUGUCAGUAUCCUCAGCUGACAGUGAGCAGUGUUGGUUUGCUGGUUAGAGAGGAGCUCCCUGCAGGAAAGAAAUCAGCUUAGCAGUCCCUCGUUGCCAAAGGCCACCAACGGAUUUAGUGGCGCUGGUUUUACUUUCUGAGGAGAAAGCGGGAAAAAGUAGUUGUGUUCCUGUGCAGAAGAGAUGACCAGGUGAGUGCGCAUGGAGCCAGCGCCGAGCAAUGUGUCAAGUCGAGGCUGAGGGAGCUCUCAGUCCACCCCCUGCCUCCACGUCCCGUUGUGAUGAUUUCCAGCCUGCCUGUGUGUAACCCGUUCCCUAGAAGUGUGAGGGAGAGGAAGUAAGCAUACCAGCUGGUUUUUAAAAAGUAGAUAGAUACGCUUAGAUUAUCAUUGUACAAAUGAUUCCGUUGAAAGUACAAGCUAGGGCAGUUGAAACUUUUUUUUUAAAACUUUACAGCUUCUAUGAAUUUCAUUUCGUUUUGUUUUGUUUUUGCAAAGUAUGGUGCUGUAUAGGUGCUUUCGGUUUAACCCGGAACGUGUGAUGAUGCGCGAUCCCCUCCUUGAUUAGAAAGACUGGUUGGGAACACCUUUGGUACAUAUGAAGCUGGAAUAAUGGCACUCUGAUUAGCACAGCAUAUGCAUACUCCUCCAACAUGAUAGAAGACGACUUUUCUUUGCAUUAAAAAAAAGCACUAGGUAUAUCAGUGUAUAGCUCUGUUUUAUCAUGUACAGUAUAAAAUGGGACAUUAUGCAUGGGCCUUAGGCACACAGACUUCCCCGCAUGAGUUCUUGCUGAUGCAUCGUGCAGUGGGCAGUGACACCCCCCUUCCACCAACAAGGACAGGCCACCACCACCCCUAUACACCCCCCACCAUCCGCCAGGGGUCCCCUCAUGCGCCUUUGCUUUCUAACUCCUCUGGGGGUGAGAACAGCUCCUCGCGCAAGGCGAGUUCCAUUUGGUCUUGUCCCCCGUCUCCCGCCUGCUCGGGUUGUCCUGCUUGAGAACGGGCCCUGCCUCUCACGGACUCUUGUAAAUUCUUGUGCAGUUGUGGUCAUAGUAGCCCAAUAGCAUAUCGCCUUUUUCUGAACAGCUACACGUUUAUAAUCUUCAUUUUAAAAGUAUGUAUACUUUUUAAAAAAUAUGUAUCCUCUUCCAGUGGUCUGCUGGUCGGUGAGCCAGGCUAGCUUCCUAUGUUCCUUUAAUGUAUGUGAGUCACUCGGUUGAUCCUGUAGCCGCCUGCUCUUCGCACAGAACUGUCCCGUACCGCCUCUCUGGCUUCCCACGCUGCCGCCCCAGGACGGGAUGCAAAUGGGGACACUGGCAGCAGAGGUGGGGACGUAGCAAAUUCGGAGGGCCAUCGAAGCGAAGGCCCUGAUCACCGCUCCUCCAGGUUUAAGAGAACGAGUAGACGAACGCACUUGCGUUUGCCUUCACCAUCUCAUAGACCCUGGGAGCUGCUCGGGAGCGGGGAAAGCAAGCCUAGGAUAGGUCUCCCCUAAAACAUGCUGACUUCCUUUCAGACCUGUGGCAUCUCCUUUGUUUGCUCCCGUUCGAGCGCUUGCCUACAGAGCCAGGUUAUAAUUUCCUCUAACACAGUUGAGAGAGGACACGCAGGUGAGAGCAGGGUGGCCACCGAGCAGACCCGGGCCCUAGCAGAGGAGUGGUCCUUGUUCUUGGUUUGCAUUUGUUUGUGUUCAGUAACUCAAACCUCACCUCCAGACGGAGCCGAGCGCCAACUUCAUUGUCACAAGACCCACCGGCCACACAUAUCCCUCUCAGCCUCCUGUCCCCUCAGCUGGCCGCUCACAAGGAAAACCAGGCUCCUUGAGACUUGCCAGCUUCUACGGCAGGCGUACCAGGAACGGGGGUGGCUGGAGCCCUCUGCCCACCUGUCCCGUUGUGGGUGUCACAGAUCCCUGAGAGAGUUUUUUGAUCCGCAGCGUCUCAGCAGAACCCCUGGUUGCCUCUGGGGGCCUGGCAGCGGAGAUGUGUGAGCCCUGCUGAGUACUCGCUGCGGCUCUUGCAGCCACCAGAGACGCUGCUUUGGGGAGCUUGGCUGCCUUUUUGGGGAAAUCAGAAAAAGGAGCUAGUGCUGGAAACAUGGCAUGAACCCUGAUGUUCAGUGGCCCCCGGGAUGGAUGCCUCUGACCAAAGUGAGGAAAGAGCUUUAUCGACAGCCCUCAGUGCCCUGGUCUGAGAGCCAGGCACCAGUAACAAACUGUGGAUGGGCCUGAGGCUGCUUUGCUUUAUUGCAGCCUCUGCAGUCCCAAGAUGGCUGAAACACACUUUCUUAACCGUCUCAGCAGCGUGGGGAGGUCAGGCCCAAGUGUAGUGGAAGGCAAGCUCUGGGCGAGUUGUUUCUGGUGUUGAUUUUUUGGGGGGGCUGCCUAAUGUGUACAUACAUAGUUGACGCAUGGCGGACCUACUUCGCCUCUCGACACACGGCGCACAUUUGAAUGUUGGGGAGACGCACAAGGGGCAAGCAGCCAGUAAGCCCGCCAUGGCCGUGGCCAUUGCCAAGGGCCGGCCGGGAUGAGCGAGACCUGACGUAGCAGUGGCCCCAGAUGCUUUCUUGUUAUGUCCGAGGAAACGUCUUUGAAUGAUUGGCUGUGAAGUUCUAAAGAAAAAGUUCCAAAAGAGAAUUUUUCUUUUUAUAUAUAUUAUAUAUGCAAUCACUGAUACAGCGGUUUGAAGAAGCAAGCUGCCUUGGGGGACUGGGGGAAGCGGGGCGUGGCACCAGGAGGGGAACUUGGCGUCCUUGCAAAAUCGUGUGUGAAACAAGACUUAGAAGCAGAUGCCCAAAUGACAGAAACGGAGUGUGCACGUUUGAUCUCAAUUGGAGGGUGGGUAGCGUGUAUGCCGUUUGAAUAGUGGAAUGUUUUUUCCUCUUGGGAUCCCGCUUGCCUGUGUCCAUGUCUGACGAAGGGCUGCUCGCACAGCCUCGGCCACACUCCAGGAGUGUUUGUGCAGCUGCUUCAAAACACGGCGCGCCUCUCCUCCCUCCUUCCUCCCACGGGUCCCACUGCCAGCAUUCCGUAUUUUCUCAGACCCUUGUCCUAGCUCCUUAUAUACCUGGGGAAUUGAACCAGAUGGGAAGGAGGACCAGAAAAAUCAGUUACUGUUAUAUGGGAAAAAAUGUAUUGCACAUUUUGGCUACACAUUUACUUUUUUUUUAAGGGGGAAAAAAGUUGCAUGACGGGGAAAACACAAGACCCUCCCCCAAAAUAGCCUAUCUGUAGACAGUCUCUGUACCACUCACUGUCUUAGCUGUUUCAAUUUCUUGCUCACACCCCAUCCCAAUGAGGGUUAAAUCCAUACCACUGGUGCGAAGCUUUUGUCCAGCCAAGAAGAGUCAAAUAGCCGGUCACACUUUGAUUUGAAGCAACCCCGCCCUUCCCCGCUCCCCCAAAGCGAACACUACCAUCUUGCAUUCUGACUGAGAAUUCUGCCUCACCACAGUGGCCAUGACUUAACUCUACCACCUUUCUUCUCAAGGAUCCAAACCAGUUUGAUUUGGGAAUCUUCCCCUUUCCAAGUGAAAUCAAAACACAAUACUCUUUGGUGUUUGUAGAUACUGCCUUGUGUAUCCCACUUAGUUUGUAAAAGAGAUGGUGACGCAUGUAAAUAAAGCAUUAAUGACACUCUA